AUGUGUGGUGUUACUGGAGAUACUAAUGCAUAUCUCUCUUCACCGCUUAGUAAUCCCUACUAUUAUAUUUAUCAGUUAUCAAGUAAAGCUUAUGUCAUAGGGGCAAAUACUUCAUUAGGUGUUAUUGGUAAAGUAGCUACAUAUUUUUGGAUUGAUGGUAAUUUUGUUCAAAUGGAUAAAUAUUUACUAUUAUUGCUAGCAAUUAUGGGUCAUGUUUAUGAAGAUGCAACAGCUAAAUGUAAACAAGCUAUAUUAAAAUAUAUAGUAAUACAAAUAUCAGAUUAUUAUGAUUUAGAACAUCACUUUGAUUUUUAG